CCCGCCCGGGUCGCCAGCUCCCGGCCCUCCGGCAGGGCUGCCGCAGACGCGAUCUCCCGCGGCGCGGAGGACAGCCUGGCGCGGCCUCGCGCGGAGUGACCGGAACGCGGUGCGGGCCCGCGGCGGACCCGGACGGCCCCGCGGUCCCCUCUGCGCCGCGCAGCCAACCCGGGGUGACGUCCCCAGCGCCCGCGCCAUGGGCCCGGGGCCCCCUGCGGCCGGAGCGGGGGCGCCCCCGCGACCGCUGUCCCUGGCCGCCCGGCUCAGCUACGCCGUGGGCCACUUCCUCAACGACCUGUGCGCGUCCAUGUGGUUCACCUACCUGCUGCUCUACCUGCACUCGGUGCGCGCCUACAGCUCGCGCGGCGCGGGCCUGCUGCUGCUGCUCGGCCAGGUGGCCGACGGGCUGUGCACACCCCUGGUGGGCUACGAGGCCGACCGCGCCGCCGGCCGCUGCGCCCGCUACGGCCCGCGCAAGGCCUGGCACCUGGUCGGCACCGCCUGCGUGCUGCUGUCCUUCCCCUUCGUCUUCAGCCCCUGCCUGGGCUGCGGGCCCUCCACGCCCGAGUGGGCGGCCCUCCUCUACUACGGGCCCUUCAUCGUGGUCUUCCAGUUCGGCUGGGCUGCCACGCAGAUCGCCCACCUGAGCCUCAUCCCGGAGCUGGUCACCAGUGACCCUGAGAAAGUGGAACUCACCGCCCUCAGGUACGCCUUCACGGUGGUGGCCAACAUCACCGUCUUUGGUGCCGCCUGGCUGCUGCUGCACCUGCAGGGCUCCUCGCGCUCGGGACCCGCUCAGGACGUCAGCGUGGGUGACCAGCUGGGGGUCCAGGACGUGCCGGUGUUCCGGAACCUGUCCCUGAUGGUGGUGGGCGUCGGCGCCGUCUUCUCGCUGCUGUUCCACCUGGGCACCCGGGAGGGGCGCCGGCCGCGGGGCGAGGAGCCCGACGAGCACAGCCCGCUGGUGGCCCCGCCGCGCCCGCCGCCCCUGCUGCUCUGGAAGCACUGGCUCCGGGAGCCCGCCUUCUACCAGGUGGGCGUGCUGUACAUGACCACGAGGCUCAUUGUGAACCUGUCCCAGACCUACAUGGCCAUGUACCUCACCCACGCCCUCCACCUGCCCAAGAAGUUCAUCGCGACCAUCCCCCUGGUGAUGUACCUCAGUGGGUUCCUCUCCUCCUUCCUCAUGAAGCCCCUCAACAAGCGCAUCGGGCGGAACCCGACCUACUUCGCCGGCCUCCUGGUGGUCCUGGUCUUCGCGGCCUGGGUGGCGCUGGCGGACGUGCUGGGCGUGGCCGUGUACGUGGCGGCCGCGCUGCUGGGCGCAGGCUGUGCCACCAUCCUGGUCACCUCUCUGGCCAUGACGGCCGACCUGAUUGGCCCCCACACGCGGGGCCUUCGUGUACGGCGCCAUGAGCUUCUCAGACAAGGUGGCCAACGGGCUGGCAGUCAUGGUCGUGCAGAGCCUGCACCCCUGCCCGUCGGAGCUCUGCUGCACGGCUUGUGUGGGCUUCUACCACUGGGUGAUGGUGGCUGUGACUGGCGGCGUGGGCGUGGUGGCCACCCUGGCUCUGUGCAGCCUGGUCAUGUGGCCCAUCCACCUUCGGAGCCGGGACCCUGGAGAGCGGCCCUGACCGUCCCCGGCCUCCUGCAGCCGUGCCAAGGGACCACUGCACCCCCCCAGGCGCCUCAGGCCUCCGGGAAGCCCCACCGCCCUGGCUUCCUGGCUCCCCAUCUGGCCCUGCCUGGCGGCGUGGGCAGGACGGACGACCCAGGGCUCAGCCCUGCUGGGGAGGGGACGGUGUGCCGACAACCAGGGGCCUGCCCCAGCCCUCCCCCCUCCCAGCCCUAUGGACCAUGUGGCUGCCCUGCCUCUGGGGGUGGCAGCGAGGGUCCCACAGGGGUGCCCAGCCCAGUGUGCUCCUCACUUCCGUCCUGGGAGUCUCUGAGUUUGCUUGGUGCCCUGAUCCUACUAGGAGACCAGGCCCUGGGGGCGUGGGACAGCCUGGUGUGGUGGCCGCUGUGCUGCCCCUGGGGCUCGGGGACCCACUGGGGUGUGAAUAAAGAGCUUCCACAGGGUGCGGCUCCUGUUUCAUGGGGACGGACAGGGACCCAGGGAGCUGACGUGGGAGGGGGUAGCCGUGUGCCACGCCCGCUGGUGGGUCCUCCGGUCACCUGCGCCUGGUGGCUGCGGCCCCAAGCGUGGGCAGACCCCCCUGGGCGGAGCUGAGAGGUGGUGGACGGG